AUGGUUGAUGCUUCAUUGCUAUGUGUAGGAACAAAAAUAGAUCCCACGUUAUCAAGAGCAGACAGAAUGGUUGGUCAAGUGUUGGGAGCAGUUGGAGCAUUACCAGAAAUAUUUACUGACUUAGAAAUUGCUUAUUUUCUUCUGAGAAGGCUUCUUGGAGUUCGUACUGAAGGAGAUAAAAAGGGAGCUAAGAUAGGAACUGUUGCUGAAGGAGCACCAGUAAUACCAAUAUCUGCUCAAUUAAAGUAUAAUAUUGAGGUUAUAUGUGAAUAUAUUGUUAAAAAGAUUCCUGUUCCAAUAAGAGAUUUUACAUCAGAACCAAGAUUAAUAGUAAUUCGUUCAUUUGAUGUGAAUAAACCUGGGUGUGAAGUUAAAGAUUUAAAAGGUGGUGUUGCAGGUGGAAGUAUUUUAAGAGGUGUCUUAAAGGUAGGACAAGAAAUUGAAGUAAGACCUGGAAUUGUAUCUAAAGAUCAAGAAGGAAAAUUAACUUGUAAACCUAUAUUUUCUUGCAUUGUUUCACUAUUUGCUGAACAAAAUGACUUACAAUAUGCAGUACCAGGAGGUCUAAUUGGUAAGAUAUUAUUAUUAUAUUUACUAAAAUCAUCACUAAAUACCUUUGGCUGCCAACCUCAGGUUCAGAAAUUAUCCAAAGGAGAAGUGCUGAUGGUUAACAUUGGUUCUUUAUCAACAGGGGGAAGAGUAGUGGCUGUAAGAGCUGAUUUGGCUAAAAUUACUUUAACAACUCCAGUUUGUACAGAAAUAGGUGAAAAAAUAGCCCUUAGUAGAAGAGUUGAAAAACAUUGGAGAUUGAUCGGAUGGGGUGAAAUUCGUCGUGGAGCAACUAUCAAACCGUCAACAUAGAAAAUAUUUUUCCAGAAAUUAAAUUAUCUCUGAAAGGUAUUAAGAAAAACAUUUGUAAACACAAAGAUUUUGAAUGAAAUAAAUUGGUGUGUCAUGUCCAUUCACAUUGUUACUUUUUUAAAAAAAGGAUGUUUAGAAUAAAGAAAAUGCUAAAAAAUAGUUUGUUUUGGAAUUU